AUGAAUACGCCGAUAGUUAAAUUAUCGGAUAAAGAUCUGGAAACAGUUUACGAACCUUCGGAGGAUUCCUUCCUCUUGAUAGAUGCCUUAGAAGCUGACUUAGAUGUCCUGAAAGCUAUGAAACCUGUGAUGUGUUUAGAGAUAGGUAGUGGAUCUGGUAUCGUGAUUACGGCACUGGCGAUGGCGUUGAAGAAACACUGCCAGUGCUACCAUCUUGCGAUCGACGUCAAUAUCGACGCGUGUAAAAUGUCGAAGAAAACGGCUGCGGAGAAUCUGGCAGAUGUAGAUGUCGCGCAGAUGGAUCUAUUGAACUGCAUACGCGCCGGUAACGUUUUCGAUGUCGUGGUCUUCAAUCCACCGUACGUGGUAACCAGCGACGAUGAAAUUUCAAGCGGUCAGAUUCUGUUCAAAGCUUGGGCAGGUGGUGCAAACGGUAGGAAAGUCAUGGAACGAGUGUUUCCAAAAAUCCCCCACAUUCUGUCGAGUACAGGGACGUUUUAUCUGUUGGUCAUCGAGGCGAACGAUCCCGAGUACAUUUUGCGUGUGUUUAUGGAUUUGAACAUGGCAGGCGAGAUAGUAGCGGAGAGAAAGAUCCGGGGAGAACAU